AUGCUUUUACUCUGGUCCCUUCUAGCCCUUCAGACCUCUGAGGUCUUUCCCGAAUUCAGUGCUGAGCAAAAGGUGGCAUGGUUCGGUAUUUUAGGCUGGAUUGACAACCUUGGGAAGUGGUGUUACCAGAAGGAAAUGAGUGAAAUAUGUUGGCAGACAUUCUGCGCGGUGUGUGCAGCUUUUCUGGUUGAAGGAUUCAUCAAAGCUCUAGAUGGGAUGGGAGCCGGCUUUCCGAUCAAUAAUGGCAACCCGAACACAUCCCCUUUCAAUCUCGUCGGAUACGCUUUUCUACUGCAUGUUUAUUCAUCGCCUGUAACGCAUACAUUUACACCGGAUGGGGGUGCCUCUCGACCCGACAAACACGCUAUCAUAACUAUUGGAAUUCCCUUACUUCAGUUGACUAUUUUUCAUGUUUUAUCGAUUUCGAAACGCCUUUCAACACAUAGACUUUUCCCAACCGCUUUGACAUCUCUGCUAUCCCUUGCCCAUUUCCAUGGAACACUCUUUUCGCAUCAAUUAUUUAAAGUACCCAUCCCAACACCUUCAGCGACAAUUUCAGACACAACAUCAACACCUCAGGUCUCUCCUCAUCAGGGGCGGUCUUCGGUCAAUUAUCCUCUGUUGAACUACAUUCCUAAUGUAUUCGAGACUUUUUUAAUCGCCGUCAUACUUACUACCAUCUUCCUAAACGUCGUGAUGCAACUUCUAGUCAGAGGAAGGGUCGACCGCGUACUCAGCGGGCUGGGAGUCGGUCAAGGCACCAUGCUGCACGAUGAGGAAGAAGAUGAUCCUGGCUUCUUCCAAAGCUUACCUCUCGAGGAAGAUUUUGGCGUCCUUCUCCUCCGUGUUGGCAUUGCCAGCAUGGAAGCAACAGGUUUGCGCGGGUGGGGCAAUGAAGUUGCGCCAAUCAACCUUCCAGUGAGGUUCCGGGGACGUGACGAGUCUGGGCGCGACGCCUCCAACGGCCGAUUCGACAGCAACCAGCGCACACAUGGGAUGAUACGCCUGGGCCGCGAGCAAGUGGGCGAAGUGUACUAUGGAUCAGCUUCGCGGUCCGCCUCUGAAUAUGCCAUCGCUGGCUCAUCGUCAUCUGCUGUGGCUACCCGCACAAAAGAUUUGACAAGGAGAAGGAAGAAGAAGGCGAACUCUGUACACCUUCGCGGGUUCAACAACGACAUACGCACCGUCGACCUUGGCAAUUCUGAGAGUGGAAGUCACAAUCACAGGGGAUUCCUUCGGUAUUUGAAAGAGGUGUGGAUGUUCUUGGUCGUAUUUUGGGGAGUCCUUCGUGGGUUGGUGGUGUUCCUCAUUGAGCGGGCGAAAGGAAGUGUCAGGAUGAGGGAAAGUGCCUCAAAACCUCCUGUGGUAUCUCGCGGUGCUGGUGGUGCCAGUGGGUCAUCAAAAGAAAAUGAAUCAGACGGCGAAGAAGUUUCAGAGGAGGAGAUGAGGAGAAAAGAGAAAGAGAUAUAUCAACGGUUUUUGCGAGGCGAGGACAUCAGCGAUGAUGAGGAAGACGAGGAUGAUGAUGAUAAUGAUUCGCUAUAUUCCGACGAGGAUGAAGAAAGUGACGAUGGAGAAGGCGCUGAUGACAAUGAGCGAGAAGCAGAAGCGGUUGGCUUGUUCACAGAUUUCAUUCGAAACUCUAGAGAUCAGAUGCCGUAUGCCUCCCGUGGUAUCUCUACAGGAAGCAAUGGUGAAAUGGUGCUGGCCCAUCUUAUGCACGGCAAUACAGGCGCUUCACCUAGCCCUCUGACGAGGAGGAAAUGGAAUGCGCUUGUGAGGAACGACCCUAACUCACAUUCUACCAGGGCCGGUUCGCCAGCUAUGAUCGGAAACGGUGAAGAUGACGACGAUGGUUUCUGGGAAAUACCGCCGCCGACUAGGACCAGAAAUUUCAACAAUGACCAAAACGACGGUCGCCUUAAUAAUGCUUGGCUAUGUGUGAUAUGUGCCGUGAAGCUCUAG